AUGGCAUUCAAGUUUGUAUUCGCAUUCGCUUUCGUCGCUGUAGCUAGCGCUGGCUAUCUACCCGCUGCUCCAGUUUACCACGCCGCACCAGCCGUCGCCGUGCACGCAGCACCUGUGGCUGUAGCCCAAAAAGUCGUUGUGAAAUCGGAGGAAUACGAUCCUCAUCCUCAAUACAAAUUCUCUUAUGGCGUUGAUGACAAACUCACCGGUGAUUCCAAGAGCCAAGUGGAGGAACGUGAUGGUGAUGUGGUUCAUGGUGAAUACUCUCUGAUUGAUGCUGAUGGUUACAAACGCACUGUUCAGUACUCUGCUGAUCCCAUCAAUGGUUUCAACGCCGUCGUGAACCGUGAACCUCUCGUAAAAGCUGUUGCCGUCGCUCCAGUUGUUAAAACUGUUGCUCCAGUUGCCCACUACGCUGCUCCAGUUGCUCACUAUGCCGCGCCAGUUACUCACUACUCAGCCCCCGCCGUAGUCAAGACUGUUGCCCCCGUAGCUCAUUAUGCUGCCCCUGCUCCAGUAUACCACGCCGCACCUGCCGUCGCCGUGCACGCAGCACCUGUGGCUGUAGCCCAAAAGGUUGUUGUGAAAUCGGAGGAAUACGAUCCUCAUCCUCAAUACAAAUUCUCUUAUGGCGUUGAUGACAAACUUACCGGUGAUUCCAAGAGCCAAGUGGAGGAACGUGAUGGUGAUGUGGUUCAUGGUGAAUACUCUCUCAUUGAUGCUGAUGGUUACAAACGCACCGUCCAGUACACUUCGGAUCCCGUGAACGGUUUCAACGCCGUCGUGAACCGUGAACCUCUCGUAAAAGCUGUUGCCGUCGCUCCAGUUGUAAAGACUGUUGCCCCAGUUGCCCACUACUCCGCUCCAGUUGCCCACUAUGCUGCUCCUGCUGUUCACUACGCUGCUCCAGUUGCUCACUACUCAGCUCCUGCUGUGGUCAAGACUGUUGCUCCCGUAGCUCAUUAUGCUGCCCCAGUGGCUCACUACGCCGCACCAGCAGUCAAUUACCAUCACUAA